GCAGUUGCGCACAUUGAGCGUUUGCUUGCAGCGCGAGGACGUCUGUAUGUGUGCAACGGUGUUCACAAAAUCUUCAAUAUAUUUGUAAAAUAGGUGGGCAGGAUGAAUCCGGCCUUCGCUCCGAACUUGAUGAGACCCAAUCUCCCCCUGAGGAGACCUGCAACUGGACCAGGUUUAUUUUCACCCAGAAGUCCAGUACCACUAGUUCAUGAAGUCUAUCAAGAACAGCUUCUAGCAAAAGACAUUCUCGAGGGUCCUAAAGGUGACGCCGCGCGAAAAGAGAACAACGUGGUCCUUGCAAAAAGCAAUUCUGAUAUGGCAGGGACCAUGCUGGGCCCACUGGUGAAGUUGUGUAACUACUGCAGUCACCAGGGUAACUUCAGGUGCACCCGUUGUAAAAAGACCUGCUACUGUUCUGUAGCUUGUCAGACAGAGGAUUGGAAAGCUCAUCGACAUGUUUGCAAACCUAGUAACCCAGAAGUUGCCAGCGAGAAAGCAGAGGAAUCCACAGCUGUGUCAUGUGGUAAUGGGCUUGGUGUCCUUCAAGGCAAGGACAAAUGCAUUGAUGUACAGGCGAAAAGAGUUUAUCUGCGCGAUUUGCGCAAGAACACUAUUUCCAAAGAAACUGAGAUACAGGUACUGUGUGUUUGUACGACAUUGCAUUUUCUUCCCUUUAUGCACACAUUACAUGUAAAGUUUUCUUCACAGGGAACAGUGGUUGAACUGAGGAACCCUGGAAAGUUCUUUAUCAACCUCCAGUCAGUGGAGAUGAUGGAGUCCUUAAAGAACAUCACCAGUGAGCUCCAGAAAGCCUACAGCACAUCAUUUUCCGCCCCAUACAAGCCUGAAGUUGGGGAACUCUGUGCUGUUAAAUUUCCUCUUGAUCGGAACUGGUAUCGGGCUGAGGUUCAGGCUGUUGAUGUGUCCCGUCGGACUGCUAGUGUAUUUUACAUUGACUUCGGCAACGAGGAGGAUGUUACUAUUGACAACAUAAGACCUCUCUCUGCCAGCAUCGACACUGCACCACCCUUUGCUUUGGAGUGUUGUGUGGCUGGGGUGACACCUCUGACAGGAACCUGGAAAGGCGAAUGCACUAUUGCUGUUCGACAGAUGUUUGCUGGAAAGAGUCUCACUUGGACUGUGGUGGAUGUCAUGAACGACGGAACUCUGUUUGCGGUGGACGUUCCUCUAAGCACAAUCGGGAAAUACCUGAGCACUUUUCUAAUAGACCAAGGCUAUGCCGUAAAGGUUGUUCCUGACAAACCGCAGAGUGAACAAGACAUCAAUUCUCUCCUGACAGCCUCCUUCGAGAACUUCAAGCGUUUGUCCGGUGGGAAGAACGAGAACUCUGAAGCCAGGCCUCCUGAGCCUUUGACUCAGGGAGUGGGUGACACUUUCACGGCUAUCGUCACACACAUCCAGUCUCCUUCAGAGAUCCUCUGCCAGAAGCUCGAAAAUGCCAGUAUAAUCCAGCAGCUGCAGAUGAGUUUGAGGGAGCAUUGCUUAAACACUCCAGCUAGUGAGAACUUCAGACCUGCACCGGGAACUGUGUGCUGCUCGCUUUUCUCUGAGGACAACCAGUGGUACAGAGCGAAAGUUCUGGCAUAUUCAUCCGAGGACCGCGUUUGCCUCGGUUACAUAGACUUUGGUAACUCUGAGGAGGUUCAGUUGCAAUGUCUGCGACCCAUCACCAUGGAGCUGCUGGCUUUGCCAACUCAAGCAAUUCCCUGUUGUUUAGCAGAUAUAAUGCCACCCACUGGAACCUGGUCGGAGGAAGCCAUUCUAAUGGUGAAACGCCUUGUUUGCAAUCGCUUUAUUCGAGUUGUCAUAAUGGGUAAGAAGGACGGGAAGGCUCUGGUGACCAUGAACGAUGAAUCCAGUGACCCCCAGACCAACGCGAGAGAGCUGUUGGUUACAAUGGGUUACGCUGUCGUAGAAAGUGUGCAGACAACAGAGAACAAAGAACCUGCUGUGCAGGAACAGCCUCAAAUGCACUCCCUCACUGGCCCAGCUGCGGAGAAGCUGGAGUGGACUUGUGCCGAACUUCCCGUUGAUGGCCAGAAGGUGGAGAUGGUUGUCAGUACACUGAAAAGUCUUGAUGAGUUCUACUGUUAUAACUACAGCGCAGGAGAGGUACACGUCCUGACUGAUCUAACCCGUGAGCUCAUGAAGCAUUGUGAGUCACAGCGAGCUUCCUUCAGCCCGACUGUGGGAGAGCCCUGCUGUGCUCUCUUCCCAGGUGAUGGCCAGUGGUAUCGGGCUAUGGUUCUGGAAGUCUGUGAAGUGGAUAAAGCUAGAGUUUAUUUUGUGGAUUAUGGCAACUCCUGUGAGGUGGAGUCAUCUCAGCUGAAGGCCAUCUCCCAGUUCCUGCUCAAACUCCCCUACCAAGCUAUACGCUGCUGGCUUGCAGGAGUUGAGCCGGUGGAGACGCAGUGGAGAAAAGAGUCACUUCAGAGGUUUCAAGCCCUUUGUGUCAGUCAGCCGUUGAGCGGGAAAGUGCUGUCCAUCACUGAGAAAGGAUACGGGGUGGAACUUGAGAGCGGAGGACAAAGCAUUGCUGCUCUGCUCAUCUCUGAGCAGCUGGCCAAGCUUUAUGGACAGAAACAACCUCCACCAAAGCCAGCAACACCCUCCAAUCAGAUUGAGGCUUUGCCCACACUUAAACCUAUUGAUCAGAAACAACCUGCUGAAGAGACAUCUAAAGUGAAAAACAGGGGGGCUGAAAAUGGCCUAGCACAGUCAACAACAUCAAGUGCCUACUUCCAUUUGAACUGGAAGACUUUGGAGCUGCCCUGCAAUGAGAUCUUUCAGCCUCGGGUGGCAGCAGUGAUCAGCCCAAGUCUCUUCUACAUAAUGAACCCUGGGAAAGUGAAUGCUGAGGGUCUGAAGGCUGUUAUGACUGAUGUGGCAAAGUUUUGCAGCAGACAGUCAUCCCCCACAGAAUGCAAUCCCUUACCCGGUGCCGCUUGCUGCGCACAGUUUUCAGGUGACAAAAAUUGGUACAGAGCUGUUGUGUUAGAGGUGACAACCAAGCACGCGAAUGUAAUCUAUGCAGAUUAUGGGAACAUGGAGACAGUCCCCGUCUCUAACAUCCUUCCCAUCACCAAAGAGCUUCUCCAGCAUCCAUUCCAGAUCGUCAGGUGUGCACUCGAAGGUAACGAGCAUUUUCCUUCUGUGUGGCCCACUGAUGUUAUGGAACUUUUUGGGAUGCAGUUGAGCGGGGGAGUUGUGGCAUCUGUUCAGCGCUUUAAUGGGACGUCCAAUUUGCUAACUCUGACCCAGCAAUCAGGCCAAGAUGACAGAGACAUUAACGCUGUUAUCCUCAGAGCUCUGGAAAGAGGACAGAACAAGACCAACUCAAAGUUGCCCGCCGAAGAGAAAAAAGACCCAAAGCUGUCCGCCGACAAGAAAAAAGACACAAAGCCACCCGCCGACGAGAAAAAAGACCAGACACAGACCGUCACCACGAAUAAAACUGCAGAUGUUAAGAAACAUGACCUGGAAGAUGGCACAAGUCUGAUACAAAGUGCCAGCUACCAUAAGAAAAAGGAACCGGAAAACGCAAGCGAGGCGAUGACUACAGUGGAAUGCACUAAACCAGACAAUGUUACAAGCUCAAAUGCGAGCACUGCCCCCCCCACGUGCUGCUGUCUUGAUCUAAAGCGAAAGAUUGACCGGAUUGAAGAAUUGAUACUCCUACUCAUAAAAAAUGUUGGCGGAGCCAAAUAGUCAAGAUUUGUUAUCAAGAAUGUCUAGUUUAAAAUCUGUCUAAACAAAUGGUUGUUCGUCCUACCUUUUUUAUUUCUACUGUGUUUUAUAAAGUUUUAUAUAGCAGUUAACUAUUAACCUUCAGUAAUGCAACCUGCUCAGAUUUCUUGUUCCACGCAGUCAGUUUUUUGUUGAACUGGGGUCAGUUUUGUUCAGUGUCUUCACAUGUAGAUUUUGACAGUAUCAUGCUGCUUUGAUUUAAGAAAAAAACUUGAGUUCUUUCAAAAUCUUUGUCGUUC